GAUACGAAACUACGCCAGCCGACAAUUUGCCCAGGCAGUGAGCAUCUUGGGGGAAGGAAGUACCGCUUAGUUGGGGCUUGUGCAUGACUAACAUGUUUACUUCCUAAUUAAACCCUAGAGAUUUUAGAGGGGUAAUAACCUCUUGGCAGGAGUCAAAAUGGCUUUUCUUCAUAAAGGCAUAUCUCGACUUCAAGCCGAAAAGCGUCUAUUACAAAACAAAGAGGAUGGAAGUUUUCUUAUACGAGAAAGUGAGACUGUACCAGGAGCCUAUGUGCUUUGUCUUCUUUGUCAAGGACGUGUUCACAAAUAUCGAAUCCUCCCUGAUUUGGAUGGCAAACUUUCUGUUCAAUCAGAAAACAGUUUGCUGGAGCCUAGAUUCGUGGAUUUAUCCCACCUAGUUCAAGAAUAUAUGAAACGAGGGGAUAAAAAUGGUCUUGUAUGUGCCAUGAAAAAAAUUGUGGCAGUAGAGCGUUCAGAAAAACUUGAUGAGCCUGAUUCAGAUGAUGAUGAUUUUGAAGCCAAUGCAGCAGAUCCCAGUGCACGGCAUAAUACUGUCAGUACUCUUCGAAUGCAAUUCUUAAAGAAUUUUGCCAGAUUAGAUUUGUCCAAAACUGAAGGUGAAUUUAUGACCAUUCUCAAGCAAUACAUUGAUGAAGGUCAAGAUGAAGACCUUGUUUCAAUGAAAGCUGGAAACACCAAAUUACCUGGUCUUCAGAAACUGCUAUGGACUAUAGCUAAGCCCUUAGUCAAAGAGUUCGACAAUUUCUUAUUGAAAAUGGGUUUAGUUAGAGAUCUCUUCAGUGACGUACCCAAGGAACAGAAAUGGAAAGAGUUGGAGGCCGAGAAUUUUGGUGUUGAGGAAAUGUCCAACAAAUUCAAUGAGUGUAAAGCAGCUUUAGAAGAUCUGCAAGCUGGGGCUCAAGAUUUCUUGAAAAACUAUGGUAUAAAAGAUCAAGGAAGCCAUGGAGAUUAUACAGAAAUUGAUUUUGAUAUGAUGAAAACUGCCCCCUUUUUACAGUCUGUUCCACAACAGCCAAUUCCUGAAGCAAUAUUUGAAGUACGGGCUGUGAAACAUGGAAAACCAAUGGGUCGAGUAACAUUAAAAGUUGAUGUUCAAACUGGCCGUUUGUUUGCUGUAAAACCUUCCAAAGAUAUUUUAGAUGCUAGUAACACAUUCUCCCAUGAAAAAAUUUUGCAGCUGAUCAAAAAAUCAACUGAUAACUGUCGACUGGAUAUUGUAAUAGAAGGGAAAAAGACAUUUACUUAUCAAUUUGAAAGUGUACAUGCCCGAGAAAACUUUUGUCAACAUAUAUGUCAAAUGAAGAGCAUGCAUUCUACUGCAGAAGAAAUAGAUCAAGUAUCUAUCUUUAUUGGAACAUGGAAUAUGGGUACUGCCCCAUUUACUGAAAGUCUUAAUAGCUGGGUACGAUGUCAAGGAGCAGGAAAAAUUCGAGAGCCCCUUGUAAUGGGAGUAAUUCCUCAUGAUUUAUAUGUAAUUGGAACCCAGGAGAGUUCAUUAACUGAAAAAGAUUGGGUCAACUGCCUAAAAGCUCAACUCAGACUUUCAAUGUCUAUUGAUCCUGAAAUCGUAUGUGUUUGUUCCCUAUGGGGUAUACGUCUUGUUGUAUUUACAAAAGCAGAACAUCAACACAGAAUAAGUCAUGUGGAGCACAGCAGUGUAAAAACAGGAAUUGCCAACGCCCUGGGUAAUAAAGGUGCUGUAGCAAUAUCCAUGUACUUCAACGGAACGUCCAUAUGCUUUAUCAAUUCACACCUUGCUUCACGGAGUGAAAGACUAGCCAGACGCAAUCAGAACUAUCGUGAUAUUAUAAAAGGCCUAUCUCUAGGGCAGAAACACCUGAAUGUAUUUGAUGUAACAAAUCAAUUCCAUCACGUAUUUUGGUUUGGAGAUUUAAAUUAUCGAGUUGAAGAAAACAUCCAUUGUGUUUUGAAUAAGCUACAAGAAGGAGACAUUGAUAGUUUGCUUAUUCUAGAUCAGCUUAAAAUGACCCAGGAUUGUAAAGAUGCCUUUGUUGGAUUCCGUGAAGAGGCUAUCACAUUCCUUCCUACAUACAGAAUGGAACGAGGGGCAAAAGGCAAAUUGGUUUAUAACUGGAGGAAAGUGAAAAAAACCACUGGAGAUCGUAUUAAUGUGCCUUCCUGGUGUGAUAGGGUUAUGUGGCGAUCUUAUCCUGGAACGUUUAUAGAAAAUAUAGCAUAUGGCUGUGCCGACGAUAUAUUGAGCAGUGAUCACCGGCCAGUAUUCAGUUCUUUUAAUAUUGGCAUAGCCUCACAGUUUAUUACCAACAGAGAAUCUUUGGUUGAUCAAACAUCUGUCCGCAUUAUCUUUGAUCUUGUCCAAGCAGAGAUUCGUACAUGUUCCAGCCAGUAUUUUGUUUUAGAGUUCUAUUCCAAUUGUCUUCCAAAUGUUAUUAGUAGUAAUCCUAACAAAACAUUUUAUGCGGAAAUUGCUGGUCUCUGCUGCCCCCAAUGGACAAAAGAUUCACUUCCUGAGCUCCAUCCAAUAUUUGGUGACCGAGAUUAUCUAGAAGAACAGCACAUAUUAAUCGCCAUCCGAACAAGAGAUGGUGACCAUGAAUCAUAUGGUGAGUGUGUGGUAACCCUUAAGGAUAUGUAUUCAGUGCAACCCGAGCCAUUUGAGUACAUGUUAACACAUUUAGGUGAUGAAACAGGAAUAAUAAGAGGCAAGAUGCAUAUAUACACUCCUGAAAGUGCUCCGAGACGACGCUCUUCAAAGAAAGUUUAUGAACUGGUUUCAAUCGAUACGGAGUAUCAUGAUCCAGAGCUUUAUCUUGUGGACUCCCCAAGACUUGAAAAGCUCAAUGAAGGGCGUUAUGUCAAUGCACCUCCUUUUAAUGGAUUCUCUGGAGCAGGUUACCCUGAAACAAAUCCAGCUCCCGUACCCGCUCUACCCCCAACUACUACUAGUGUUGCUACUCAGGUAUACCCUCCUGAUAGCCAGCUCAGUGGUGAUCCCUGGCCAUUUGGCAUUACAGAUAAACAAGGUGUACUUACUUCCUUCGAGACUAGCACUGAUCCGAUGCUUGGUGCUUUGCCUCGUAAAGGCAAACCUUACAUGGGGCAGUCAAGUCUCGAAGUAGGUCAACGUCCGAUGUUGCCUGCACCUGUAACUCCAGUUGGCAGUACUGGAACUUCCAAGAUGACAGAGAGUGCUGUAUUCAGUUUUAGUAGCACCGGUCCUGAAAGUGCUUCUGCAGAAGCAAGAGAUGCAACUAUGGCUCCUCCUGUUCCUACACCAAGGAAAACUAAGCAUCAGUCCGAUGCUGGCUAUGCCCAUUUAAAGAAGCCCGAUACAGUUCAGGAAUGGCUUGGUUGUCUUGGCCUGUCAGAAUAUACUAAUACUUUCAUCAUUAAUGGUUGGGACUCAAUCUCUUAUCUCGGCUACCUGACAAAUGAUGACUUAGUAAAUAUGCACAUAAGGAACCCAAAACACCGUGAUCGUCUCUUGCGCAGUCUGCAGGACAUGAACCUGAAGUUCACUGGUUGAUCCAGAUUAUCAACAAAUGAAUUCCAGCUCAAUAAAAGCAACAACAUUCAGCUCUGUGACUCUGCAAUAUCUUCCUUAGCCUUCCCUGUCUAUUUCUAUUUAUGCUGGCUGCUACAGGUUUUUUUUUUCUUUUUAGGAGGCUAGAUGAAUGCUUCAUGGUACAUAUACAUGUAUUGCAAUAGCAUUUACAUAUUAAUGAUUGUAAAAACUGUCACUCAAUCAGUCACACACAUCCAAACAUACACCACCAAAAAAUGUAUGUUUACUUUGAAGCUGUUUCUUUAGUUUAAUAGUACAGACACACACUUUUCAUACAAGCAUAUAUAUAUACUAAUGUACAUUUAUUCACUCAUACAAAUUGAAGUAUGAAUGUACAUUGAAGAUGUGACUCAAGUAAAAGAUAUUGAAUUCUUGAUAAGAA